AUGAACUGCAAAGAGGAAUAUGAGGUCAACUCUUUGACGGCAAAACAGCCAAAGAUCUACCUCAAGACGCAUAAUUUACAGGUCAGUGAAGACCACACUACUCUACAGCUCAGUCCAGGUAAUUCUGCACAAUUUAUUGAUGAAUUCCCUGUUUACCUUGAAUCUAUAAUCCUAAGCAAGAAACCUGUUAUUAUAAUGGGUGACUUUAAUCUGAACAUGGAUGAUCCAUCAGAUACUGAAUUCCGCGACCUGUUACACUCAUACUUUAAGAAAUGCUAUAUUGACGACGCCAUUUACUAUCAGGGUCAGUGGGGAACAGUUUGUGUUGGUUACUGGGGUAUGAAUGAUGCCAAGGUUGCAUGUCGACAACUUGGUUUUACCAAAACUGUAGAAUAUUGGCACUAUGGACGAGGGACGGAUAAGGUAUGGCUGUACAACAUAGCAUGUUCCAGCUCAGAGUCCUCACUUGGAAGCUGUUCUCACAAUGGAUGGGGAAGCGUUCACUCUGAUUGCAAUACUCACAAAUAUGAUGCUGGUGUUGUGUGCUCUGGAUACCAAGUUCGUCUGAGUGGUGGUAUCAAUGGGAAGGAAGGGAGAAUUGAAGUUUUGUAUGGCGGCACCUGGGGCACCAUUUGUGACAAUGGCUUUGGUAUUGAUGAAGCCAACGUCGUUUGUAGAAUGCUUGGUUAUAAGCAAGCUGUAACAGAAAAGAGUUUGGCAAAAUCAUCACAUACAGCGUGGUUAAAAGAUCUUUCAUGUGUGGGUAGUGAAAAUACAAUCGAAAACUGUACCCAUUCUAGUUUUGCAGCCCAAAGUUGUGCAAACAACAGAAUUGCUGGUGUUGUUUGUCUUGCGAACGAUACUAACGGAACACUUAGCGUACAUUCUGGGCCAAACAACAGAGUAGUAAUCGGUUACCAUGGUAUUAACAAGUCCAUUUGCUCCGAUGGCUUUGAUACGAAAGAUGCACGAGUUAUAUGUAGAAUGAACGGAUAUGAAGAUGUACGUCAAAUCACUUAUAUUGACAGUCGAACUCUAGACAUAAAAUUAAGACAUGUUUGGAUCUUGAACAUGACAUGCAAAGGAGACGAGAAGACCAUAAAGGGUUGUAAUAUCUUUUGGAACUGGAAAAGUCUGCCUUGCCCAAGUUUAAAUUAUGCAGGUGUAAUUUGUAAAAGAGGAAUUGAGUUGCGACUUGUUGGUGGAGCUCAUAAUAACAGUGGUCGUCUUGAAAUAAAAAUGGGAGAAUGGGGCACCGUUUGUGAUAAGGGCUGGGAUAUCAAUGCUUCUGAUGUCGCUUGUAGAAUGCUUAAAUUUGCAAGAGCCCUGAAAUUCCAAAAGUUUCAACCGGGAAACACAUCACAACCUAUUUUGCUUCAAAACAUAUCAUGCGUUGGCUGCGAAAGAUCGCUUGAUGAUUGCUAUCAUCCUGAAUGGGGUUCAAAAUCCACCUGCGAUCACAGCAAUGACAUUGGAUUAGUGUGUCUCCCAGCAGGGCCACCAAACCUCUCYRCUAAAGUGAUGKYGGAUGGAAGAAUAGAGAUUAGUUACUAUGGUGUUAACAGAUCCAUUUGCUACGAUGGCUUUGAUACGAAAGAUGCACGAGUAAUAUGUAAAAUGAAUGGAUAUGACGAUGUAGCGUACAUCACCCAAAUCACUAGCCAAGCUGGGAACCCAAGGUCAGAAGAAGUAUGGCUUUUAGACAUAGCUUGCAAAGGAGACGAGAUUUCCAUCACACAAUGCAGUAAUUCCUGGAACUGGGAAAACAAGAAUUGCGCAAAAAAUAACAACCUACGUGCUGGAGUUGUGUGCAAGAGAAUAAACGACACACUAGAUGUGAAAUUCCGUCUUGAGGAUGUAACAACUCCAGCUCCAUAUUCUGGACGCCUAACCGUGAAAUAUUAUAAUAUCUGGGGAAAUAUAUGUGCUAAGGAUUUAAAGUUAGAAGACGCACAUGUCAUCUGCAGAAUGCUAAACUUUACCGGAGCAGUGACUAUUUCUCAUUGGGGUAAACACACUGGUAACGUAAGUUUCGAGCUUGUCAAUCACUGCAAAGGAACAGAAGUAUCCAUGAAAAAUUGCACAGGGUUAAAGCUAGAACAGGUUAACACAUGUGAAGAAGGCAAUUACGCAGGGGUUGUUUGCACUCCAAAAAUUAUAGUCACACCAACACCGUUACCUCAAAACGUACGUCUAAGCGGUGGUGCAGACAAUGCAAGAGGCCGAGUUGAAGUUCAAAGACACAACAUUUGGGGAUCAGUUUGCAAUUCGGGAUGGGACAUGCGUGCAGCUAAUGUAGUAUGUCGCAUGAAAGGUUUUGAUAGCGCAAUGACAGCGUAUAAAUCAUAUGGCGAAGGAACUGGUCCAAUAUGGAUGUCUGGGGUUCAAUGCAAAGGAAGUGAAAACAAUAUUGAGAAAUGCACUAGUGAUGGGCAGGAAAAGACAACUUCAUGUAAUCAUAGCAUGGAUGCUGGAGUGGUCUGCCGUCGUUAUAAAGAUAAUAUAACAGUCGAUCUGGAAAAUCAAGUAUCAAAGUAUGAUGGCAGAGUGACGCUAAAGGUAAACGGCAGUGCAGGAUCAAUUUGUGGUAAUGGGUGGAACAAAAAGGAUGCAGAUGUCGCUUGUCAAAUGAAAGGAUUUAAACAAGCUUUAGUACCUAUCAGCCAUUUUGGAGGAGGACAAGCCAAAAUCUGGUUGUCAAACGUAAGCUGCAGCAAUAGCGACAAAUCACUAGAAGAGUGUAAUCAUGAUGGAUGGGUAAACAACUCAUGUCCUAAAAAUCACCAUGCAGGAGUGAUAUGUGAACGGCCUGGAGUCAAUGACCCAAAUUUUGGUAUGAGAUUGGUUAAAGUUCCAGGAACAAAUCUAAGUAAAGUGGAAGUCCAGUACUUUGGUGUUUGGGGAGCUGUGUCUGCCAACAACUGGAAUCUGGCUGACGCUCAUGUUGCGUGCUGGAGCAACAACUCAGGAAAAGCAUCAACAGCAGGAAGUCUUAUGAACGAUGAAAAACUUCCCAUUUUGAUAGAUAAUCUUGAUUGCCGUGGAAGCGAGAAUUCAAUAGAAGAUUGUGGUUUUGAAUGGGGUAUCUCUGGUGCUAAACAAUCCACAG